AUGUUUGGUGUGAGACCAUUGAGUCAACGUCCUGAACAAAUCAUGGCUGCUCUGUAUCUACAAGUUAGCAUCUCAGGUCAGGCUCUCAUCUUCGUCACCAGGUCCCGUAGCUGGUCCUACGUCGAAUCCCCUGGUCUUCUCUUACUUGGUGCAUUUGUCAUAGCUCAAUUGGUGGCGACAUUGAUAGCUGUUUACGCGAACUGGAGUUUUGCGCAGAUAGAAGGAGCCGAUUGGGGAUGGGCUGGAGUGAUCUGGCUAUACCUCGCAAUGUACAUCCCUCUCGACUUGCUCAAGUUUUUGACCCGCUACGUUUUGAGUGGAAAAGCGUGGUUAAAAUUUCUUGAAAACAAGAGGCAAUAUUAGCUUUGUUCAGACAGCAAAGCCAAAGAACCUUGCCAUUGCUUAUAACUUCGCCAGAAGAUUCUUUGGCACUAACCCAAAUCUAGAGAGCUAGGCCAAGAUGGCUACAGCGACACAAGUUGUGCAAGCCGCUAAACGCAACAUGACUGAUGAAACCAAGCUUAACUGCGACUUAAGAAACCCGUUUGUGAUAUGUGGGUUAACUUAUAUCCUGAUC